GUCAAAGGUCAUAUUCCCCGCUCCACGUGACGCUUGACGUGUGCCGCUUCGUCUGCCCGAUAUCAGCAGUUGAUCUCUCUCAAGCAUCGAUCUCCGCUGCUGGCUUGACACAGACAGCACUGAGUCUUUCCUUCCUAAGAGUGAUGGAGUGGAUGCUGGUGACAGGGCUGUUGGCGGCUUUGUGGGUGGGUGUGGACGUGGUGCUGCUGGGGUCGCCCUAUCUGUUCCAGAUCAUGUACAGCCAGUUCCUGUCGGUGGUCGGCUUCAUCCUCACCUACAACCUCAUCCCGCCUUUCGCAGAAAAGCUCAAGGCCAGAGGACUCUUCGGCAAGGACCUCAACAAACCCGGCAAGGACGUGCCGGUGUAAGUCAGUCAGCAAACACUGCACUGUGGGGCGGGAGGUUGUAUGUGUUGGUUGUGUGUGCUGUAUGUAUUGUGUUGGUAUGCCACUAGGCCUGAGGCGCUGGGCAUCAUCCCCGGCACGGUAUUCCUCGUGUGUGUCAUCCUAUCGCAGUUCAUGUUCUCAUCAGACGCCGUCAAAGUGAGCGACUCAGCUCAGCUCAGCUGCCAUGCGACACUCAUCACUCGACUCGACGACCUGACCUGCAUUCUGUCUGUGUCUUUCCGUUUCGUCUGUGUGUCUGUCUGUGUGUCUGUGUGUCUGUCUGUGUGUCUGUCUGUGUGUCUGUCAGUUGCUCGAGUACAACGCUGGUCUGCUGUCGAUAUGCUUCAUGAUCCUCCUCGUGAGCAGCACACCCCUCCCACCAUUUGAACAGCGCACCCAAUGUGUAGUACAGUUGUGAAUGCGUUGCAUUGGUUGCAUUGCUGUUGAGAGGGUUUCGUGGACGAUGUCAUCGAUCUGGCCUGGAGGUACAAGCUCAUGCUGCCCACAUUCGGUAGGCAGGCAGGCAGGCAGGCAGGCAGACAGCAGAGCAUGCGGCCCUUGGACUUGACGGACUUGUGUGUGUCGUGUCGUGUUUACUCUACCGCAGCGUCCCUUCCGCUGCUGAUUGCUUACCGCGGGUCGACAUCGAUUCUCAUUCCCAAGUGGAUCGCAUCCCUCAUGUCAAUACCGCACCUCAUUAACCUCGGUAGGCACCUCACUCCCUCCCUCCCUCCCUCCCUCGGAGACCUCUCCUCCUAUCGGCAAUCAGAAGGAGAAAGGCAUUCGGUCAUGGUUGUGAUUGCAUUGCGUUGCGUGUCGUCUGUUCAGGCUACUUUUACCACUUGUAUAUGGGGCUACUGGCCAUCUUCUGCACCAACUCUAUCAACAUACUCGCAGGUCUGUCUGUCUGUCUGUCUGUGUGUGUGUGUCAUCUGCCCGUCUGUCCUGCCCGGAUGUGUGUGUGCAGGUGUGAAUGGUCUAGAGGUGGGUCAGUCGGUGGUCAUCACAGUGGCCACCAUCCUACACAACCUCCUGGAGCUCUUCUGGAGUGUCGAAGACGGCACCGCGGACGACAACCCAUUCGCAUCUAUGGUGAGUUGGGCGGUGGAGGUCGGUUCCGUGUUGGAUGGAUGGAUGUGUGCCCCGCCCCCAGCAUUUGUUCUCGUUGCUGAUAUCGUUCCCCUUCUUGGCCUGCUCAUUAGGGCUCCUCUGUCACAACUGGUGGGUGGGUGGGUGGGCAGGGGGGCCGGCGGGCUUCGACGACCGCAGCACGUACGUCACAUCACGCGUGUCGUGUGUGCCUCUUGGUUGGUUGGCAGGUACCCCUCCCGCGUCUUUGUGGGCGACACAUUCACAUACUUCGCGGUAAGUGUUUAGGUGGGGGGCGUGGCUUGCCGCAAGCCGGGCAGAUUAGAUUGAUUUGAGGGGUAUGCUAUUUCUCCCUGUGUUGUCAUGGAUGGCAUGGCCACUGACUGACUGACUGACUGACUGACAGGGGAUGUUUUUUGCGGUGGCUGGUAUUUUGGGUCACUUCAACAAGACCCUCCUGCUCCUUUUCAUACCACAACUCCUCAAUACCAUCCUCUCACUACCACAAGUGAGUGAGCUGAGCCAACCAACACCCAUGGAUGGAUGGAUGGAUGGAUGGCCGCAUUGCGAGCCCGACAUUGCUCUCCUUCCGUCUCUCUCUGUGUCUGUCUCUAUGUUAUGUGCGUUAUGUGCGUCAGUUGUUGGGUGUGAUCCCCUGUCCGCGUCACCGCAUCCCGCGGUGUAACCCCAACACAGGGCUGCUCGAGCCGACACCCAACCUGACGCUACUCAACUUCACUCUCAGGGUACAUACCUGACCUGAACACCUGGGGGGACGGACGGAAAGAGAUGCUAUGCCGUGCUUGCUGGCCUGGCCUGGUGUGUGUGUGUGUGUGUGCGUGUGAGGAUUUCAGUUAUUUGGUCCGAUGACAGAGAAGAGGCUGGUGCAGAUCCUGCUGCUGUUCCAGGUGCUGUGUUGCGCCGGUGGGCUGGUCAUCCGGCACUACUCGUCCCUCAUGUUCUUCUUCGUCUGACUGAUGAUGUGCCCGUCAUGACAUGUAUGGGGCCGCCACGUCGUGGCCAUGGAGAUGGAGUGUAUGAGCCAGACAGCCAGCUGUUUUUCUAGCCAAGCCGCCAAUUCAAUAAUUCAGCCAGUGUCGUGUCUUGUCUUGUGUGCGCGUGGAUUGGGACUGGAUGGGUCAAAGUGACCCAGGGCUGAUCGACUCCUUCCCUCUAUCUAUCUAUUAUGCUAUCGAUGCGGUGUGCGUUUAUCAGUCGGACAGACCAGACGCGAUAGAUGGGCUGAGUGAGUGGAGUGCCCACGUGUAGUGUAGAGCUAUCGCCCACAUGGGUGCCGUGCCAAUGGGGGCCUGGUGUGCGUAUGUUUGCUCGUCGGUCGUCAAGAGGACGGACGGACGGACGGAUAGCUCGUUUUGAGCGAUUGAUUUACU